CUUCUUUCUUGUUUUGCUUAUCCGUAUAAAUUGCUUUCUCUCUCUAUAUAACUAAUAUACAUAUCUUCUAGUUUAAUUUUCUUCAUUGGCUUCCAGCAGAGACAUAAUGAGUCCGGCAAGGUUUCAUAACCCACAUAACAUUAAUGGCACUCGCCCAUCUCCAUUGAAGAUCAACAAAGAAUCUCAUCUGGUUCAGAAACAGUCAUCGUCCUCAUCAAUAUCAGUAAUAGCUCCAGUUGGCGGUGAUGGUGGGGUUGGAAAUGGAGUUAAGCAGCAACGAAAGAAUCCGGUCAUUAUCUACACGCAUUCACCUAAAGUUAUCCACACACAAGCAAGAGAUUUCAUGGCGUUAGUUCAAAAACUUACGGGUCUUUCCAGCUCUGGAAAUGAUGAAACUGCGAUGAUUCAAAAGCGACGACAUCUACAAAAGGGUUUAAAGCCUGUUAGUGUUGGUAAUGAAGAUAAUGAGCCUUCUUCAGUUAGUUCAACUGAUGAGAAACGUGGCGGUGGUGACAUUUCGCCGAUUCUUAAUCCGCCGAAAAAUAAUAACUUCGCUGAUAUUCCUUUAUUCACACCGACGGCGGUGGAUUUCUUUAGCCCGAGAUCGCCUAGGCCUGUAUGUGCAAUGUCGUCACCGAAGAUGAUGAGUCCGAUGUCUUCUUCUGUUUUGGAGUUCAUCAAAGGGCUACCUGAAUAUUGAAAUGCAUGGCUAUAUGAAGAAGAAGAAGAAGUAAAGUUAAUUAGUAAUUAGUUAAUUGGAUUUAUUUCUCUCUCUCUCUCUCUCUCUCUUAAUUUUGAAAUUUAGGGAGAUGGGAAACUAUCAAAUGUGAACUAGCAUGUUCAUUUUAAUUUAUUAAUUCUUUAACCAUCCAAUAAGGGAAAAGUUCAAUCUCUCAUGCUCGGUUAUCGCAUUGAUCAGUUUUCAUCUCACGUUUAAUUAAUUAAUUAAUUAAUUUGUACUUAAGGGUUAAAUCUUUAACAUAAUUAUUGUCCAUAAAAGACGAAGAAGUUGAAUAUUGGUCAUAUAACACCAUAGGUAGAGUGCAAGA